AUGAUGGAAUAUGAGUAUGAAAUAGACCCAAGGUGAGGAAAUGAAAAGAGUAGGCUUCAGAAAGAUUUUCACUCGCCUCGAUUUUAUGUAAACCAGCAUUAUGUUUGAUAAUUUUCGUUAUGUCUCUCAGGGGUCUACAAGGCAAACCGGGAUCAGUUGUUUUGAAGAAGGACAAACAGAACUUAAUCGGUAUCAGUAUAGGAGGAGGAGCUCCUCUUUGCCCAUGCCUUUAUGUAGUUCAAGUAUUUGAUAACACACCAGCUUCCCGAGACGGUGUCCUUCAAGCUGGAGAUGAAAUUGUUGGUGUAAAUGGGAAAUCUUUGAGAGGAAAGACCAAAGUAGACGUGGCAAGAGCUAUUCAAGCAGUUAAGGUCGGUAUUUUUAUAGUUGUGAGACGGCACAAAAUGAGCAGUGUCAGACUUAAAUCUAUAGUCCUUCUCAAGGCUCUAGCUAAGAUACUGAAGUACAUACGUUUGUUGUAAACCAAAUAGGUUUUCAUGACAUGAUUGAAUGAUCCUGAUUUAUUAUUGUCCAUACGUGUCAUUAAUUAUUGAUGCAUCUGAAAAAACGUUUAUCUCAAAUAAGCUGACCAUGACUAUUGUGACUGACUUCUAUUUCCCAUCAAAGAAACUACGUUAUAUCAUGUACAGUUGAAGUCUUAUUGAUUUCUUAUUUUGAUCAUGAAAUAAAAAGGCUUCAGUGAAAUAUAAACCAGGAAAUUUACAGCCGUGUUAUUAAGGAAGUAUACCCUUAACUAAUUUUUUGUCCCAAGCGAGUGCCCUGUCUGCUUGUCGGUCAUGUUGCUACAGGGUCAUUUUGCUAAAAAUCUUUUUGCUGCAUGUUGAAGUUGUUUUGCAGCAGACAGGCAUUUUGCGUUAGUGUAGAAAACAUACAAAAAACUUUGCUUUUAUAGGCAAAGUUGCUAUAGAUAUAUAGGCGUAAGUUUUCAUUAGGUAUGACUUGGUGGCUUUUAAAAGAACCUUUUUUAUGAUGUAUUAAAAUGAAAAAUGCUUUGCAGCAAAUCAACUUCAUAAUGCAGAGACAUGACAACUGGACACUGGACACUGCAUUAGAUCUGAGAAAACGUUAUUCUCAGAAAUUUGGCUCUCAGGAAUGGGCUAUCAACAUUUAGCACACUGAACCCUCCCAGCUGUCUUACACAGGGUGCAAAGAAAGUCAGUACGGCUUACCAUUCGGGCAAGUUGUUGCUAGUAUGUAGUAGCCCAAGACUCUUUUAAGUAGCGCCAAAAACUUUUGAUGAGCAGCAUUGAUUACAGUACUGUUCUUCUGUAAUUUAAAUUUCCCCAUUUACUUCACUUGCCCUUUGGGAAAGUUAAUAACAGGAUUCACUAGCCUGAUUGCAAAAUCCAGUAGCCCUGGGCUAUCAGACAUGAGUUUCUUUGCACGCUGCAAGUUACAUAUAAAGGGGCUCUGGUGAAUGGUUCUACCAAAAUUGGGUCUCAGAAAAUUUUGCCUGAUCUCAAAAUUUCCGGAGAAAAACAACAAAACAGUACACCUCUGAAUUAACUAAGUAAAGAGCAGUGGAAUUUUACCUUAUUUGUAUGUUUUGAUUUCAAACUUUAAUUCACACUUCAAUUUUGUCAGGAUGAAGUGAUUAUCAAUUAUGUCAAAUUACAUGCUGAGCCAGCAGAAGGAAAAACUUUAGACAUAAGUAAGUAAAUUGUGAAUGAAAAUGUAGUUUUAUUGGCUCUAGUAUUAAUUACUGUUAUUUAAAUUAUUAUUGUGAUAUUUAUUUUUUUACUAACUAGACAAAAAUGAAUAAGAUAAUUAAAUAAUCCUUAUAUUUUUAACCUUAUUGAGUAACUUAACAGAGUUUUUAGAAUAGGUAAAUCCAUAGAACUGCCUAAAGGAACUGAAAUCAAUCCAAAAACUCUUGAAUUGAAAUUGUUAGAAAGGCCUGAUAAUAUCUUUUUAUAAGUUACACUUAAUAAUCACUUCCAGUAUUAAAGUAACUCUUUUUUUCUUCUGAUCGCUUUUGUGUGUUUUCUGUAAAAUAUUUGCGGUUAUUUGCUGCAAUCACUCACUAUUGUAUCAUUACUAAGUACUUUCUAUAUCUUGGAUAGUCUUAAAGAAAAUGAAGCAUCGAAUUGUGGAGCAUAUGAGUUCAUCAACUGCAGAUGCUUUGGGGCUUAGCAGAGCAAUUUUAUGUAAUGGUAAGAGAGAAAAUAUUUACAAAAUAAUGUAUACCAAGUCAAGUUGUAAAUAAUUUAUGAUGUAUUCUUGUAUAUCAUGAUUCUAUUUCAAAUGACUUAUCUGUUGGGCAAAUUAAUAUCUUCUCAUUAAUAGUUCUCAAAGUGCAAAUGUCUCAACCUUUUUACUCCUCAUAGUGGCCAGGGAUAAAAUUCACAAAAAGAUUUUUAAAUUUCUUUUUCCAAAAUCCCAAAACAUUGAAAUCAUUUAUUAUAACUACGUUUUAUAUUAAGUGCAAAAGUUCCGCCAAAGAUACUUUAUUUCAAUGGUAACACCAUUACAUAGUUAAAAUUGAGAGUGGCAAAUAAAAUUGCCAUAACAUGGCCUAGAUGUGAAAGGGUUAAACCACUGUAAGGUUUAUGGCCCAUUUUUUACGAGCACUCAUCUGUGAAGUGGAAAGUCACUGGUUAUAUUCUAGGUACAAUAACAGGGUUUUAAAAUUACUGAAAAAGAAGGUACUGCCUUUGCCCUGAAAAUGGCUAGACCUUAACGUAGGUCAUAAAAUUUGAAUUCUUGUCUCCAGUAGGGUAUAAAAAAGCAAUCUCAGUACUUUUAGUGGUAAAUACAUUGACACUUUUAGAAAUAAAGGAUGCUUACUGUUGAUGAUUUAGCUCCCAAGACAGACCUCUGGUCACACAAGCAAGCAAGCAACCUCAUUUCCAUGCCAGAAAUCAGUUCAGAAUCUGAACUGGUCACCUUUUGGUUACUCCCAUGUCUGCAGGGAAUUAACGAUGUAACAGCGAACUUGAUUGGCUUCAUCAAAGAACUUCACUGCUUGAGAUUGCUCCUGUGACCAGUGGUUAUAAUUUUUCUCUUGAUGCUUUGUGCCUCUUUGUCACUGCUUCACUGCGAACUAUCAGGAAUUAGAUAAGAAAAAAAUAGCCUCUGGAACCCAGCGUAACAGUGUUACAGUGAAGAAAACAAUAAUUUUGAAUUAGAGAGCAUUUAUUAUUCUUGACUUAUUUAAUGGCAGACAAAUAAUCUACCUUAAAAUUCCGAAAAUAAGCCCCUCCAAAUAAUUAUAAGUCCCCCAAACCGGUAACGCAAAAAACCCUCCGUAAAAUUGCCCCUCCAAAUAUAAGCCCACUGGGGGCUUGUACUUGGAAAAUUGCCCUCAAAUACAAAGUAAAACAAAGCAAAAACAGUAAAUUUACUUCCAACUAUAAGGCUAGCCCAAUCGAUUUUGAAAUGCAAAUUUCCCUCCGUAUAUAAGCCCCUCCGAAUAUAAGCCCCUCCAAAAAUAAGCCCCUCAAAAAGGGCCUUUGAAAAAUAUAAGCCCCGGGGCUUAUUUUCGGAAUUUUACGGUAUUGCAAUGUUUUAGUUAGGGAAGGGCUUGAUAUAGCAAACAAAGAAAAAUUGCCCUAUUUAACAUUCAGAAAUAGGAUGGUGGGAUCAUUUGUCUACUUCUAAAAAAUGAGCCUUCAGGAUUUUUUUGGUGUGGUUCAAAAUUUUAUAGUCAGUACAAAUCUGUUGGUGGGUAAAAACCUAGAACUGUUGAACCUCUGUUUGUCUUUACACGUACACUGUACCAUGCAAUAUAAGCUUUAAUAGUUCCUGUAGGUAAACAAUUAUUCAUUCUUGUCUUUUUGUUCCUUUCAGAUGGUCUUAUUAAGAAAUUGGAAGAACUUGAACAAAAUUCUAAUAUUUACAAGGGUAAGUCUGGUGUGUCUUGAUAAGAUAACAUUGUAUAUUAUACAUGUAGAUGUAAUGCGAUGGACUGUAUGAAUACAUACAUGUAGGAUGUGAUUUUGAAGGGUUUAAACAUACUUUACUCUGCAAACUAAGUUAUUACAUACUACAAGCAGUUACAAGUUUGUAGUGUAUCAUAAUAAUCUACACAGUCUAAGGUGUCACAAACAAACUAUUUCUAAUAGAAGAUCACCAACAAAAACUCUGAUAAAAAAGCAACAGGGUCAGAGGGAUGAGAGAACAAUAAAUUAUUACUAAGUAUUGCUUUUCGUUUAUCAGGUCUUCUUGAUCAUGCAAGACAGUACCUUCAAAGUUUCUAUAAUUUGGCACAGACGCAUAAAGGUGACCUUGAAUUUUUGGUUCAUUCUAUUCAAAUAAUUUUUUUUCUAUGGUAAUUAAAGUCAUCAGCAGUUGAGGUGCUUGGGAAGUUACUGGUGUCUAAAAAAUUAGUGGGUGGGUGGGGGAGGAGGCCUGUGGCAAUCUUGCCAUUGUAAGGAGGUUUCUGUGGCAACCAGGCUGUAUGUGGGGUCUACCUAAAUAGUGGCCACCAACAGGCACCAUCACCUUGAAAUUUAUUCCAGUGAAAAAACGUGCCUGACUCAUCAAUACUUACCUUCCAAGUCAAACCACCCUUGGACCAGGGAGGUUGAGGUCAUUAUUUGUGCAUUCAGAGGUGGUGAUUCCCAACUGUUGUAAAAAUGCUAGGCUACAGGAAGAUGCAAUCAAACUCUGCCAUCUUAACCCAUUCGCUCCUGGAGAUUUUGCCGAAAAACGCGUUUUGAAGCUAGUCGAGUGGUUCUCUGGUCACUGUCGUGCUAUAAAGGGCUAAAACUUACCACAAACCGGUUUACAGGUCGUACACUUGGCGGCCUUCUGAUCCAGAUGCAAAACAUCAGCUUGCGAAGUUCAGGCAUGCGCAGAAAGCAAAAUUUCGAGAUAGUUUUUGGGUUUAAAAGUGACACAGCAGUCUUGACUUUUACUUUUCGCUUUUUCUCCUCCCUUCUUUUUUCGCUUUCUUGCCUCAUUUUUUUUUUCUCUUGCUGGGCAUUUAGUACCGAAGUAAAACCACCCUUCUCAAAAAUCCUUUCGAAAAUCCUAGAAUCCUAAUCCACAAAGGAAAGGUAGGUGGGCAAUGGAACAAGAUUUUCAUGGAGAUUUUCAGGUCAAUGUCACGUGGUUUUUUGCGUCUUUCUCCGGUGUCCUUGACUGAAUUGUGCUCAUUCUGGUAUGGUUUGAAAGAUCUCUUUACUGUACACAAGUUAGCGAAGAAAGUUGUCCUUGACCGUUAAAACUGAUGACGUCACAAAGGGUAGAAAGGACCUGGAUCUGCACGGGCGGUUACGGGCGGUUCAGGGGCGAAUGGGUUAAGCAGGUCACAUUCAAAAAUGGGUGAAACUACUACAGCUGUAACGGCUUUGGCUGGAGGUUAACCUUGCUUUAAAUGUGGCUUAAUGGUAUUUAUGCUAAGUCAAACUCAAGACAUUGCUGGCCAGCAGUCCUUUGUAUGAGAUUUUUUUAGGGGGGUGGGGGAAGGGUGCUCAAAUACCUUCACAGGGGACUUUAGGGAUUUACUGGUUGAAGUCAGGCCAUUAUAAAUGUUUGCAAUGCAUGACAUUGCUUCAGUGGUUGUGAAGUGUUAUGCUUUCUACCUUUUAUCCCUUUGGUAAUGUAUGCUGGGAGGAUGCCUAUGGUUGAUUAUGCAUUACACUUAGCUGCUGUUCCUUGCUGAUAAGGCCAUCAGCCUCUGAGGCAUUUCCCCCACAUGUUGUAUGUUGAUGGGAUUAAUAUGUAGCCAAAUCAUACAUUGUGUCUGAAAAUACAUGUAGGCCCCUGCACAAAUUAAUGGUACCUCUAUUGGUGAAGCAUGAGUCCUUUAAUUUUUUUUUGUUCUUUAGUUAAUAAUUCUUAUUUUUUCUGUAGAACUUGGAGAAAUAUUUGCUGCUAUUGGUGUAAGAGAAUUACAACCAAAUGCAAGUGAGGCAUUUGCAAUUUUCAGUGAGGCCCACAGGUAUUUUUUUGCUCCUUAAUUUUACAAAUCAAUGUCAAUACCAAUCUUAUUCUGUUCAGAAACCAUUGAUGGGUUACUUCAUAUCAAAGAAGUUCAUGUGUUAUAAAACUUUUGCUCACUCUGGGUAGUUGCAUGCUUGUCUAAGGUUUUUUGUGUGAUUUAGUUAGAAGAUAAAGAACCUUGUCUGAACUAGGCAUUUGCCCAUCAGGUUAUUAUUAUUGAGGAUGAAAGGUAACUUGCCCAGAAAAAGAAUCUACUUCCCCCAUUAUUUUAAUGUCAGUAGCAUAGUUCAGUGUAUUCAAUUUUUAAUUCUCUUUUUCUGUCCUGUUACUGACAAUAAAUUGUUAUAAUUUUUUUAUUUAUCUUGUUUUUUAGGAGUUUUGAGAAACUAGGACUGGAUUAUUUAAAGAAAGUAAAGCCUAUGCUCAGUGAUCUCAACACCUAUCUCUCAAAGGUAGGGAUCUGUAAAAAGUAUGAUUAAAAACUGAUAUUAAAAUCAAUGUAAAUGAAUAAAUCUAGGAUAUUACAUGCAUGCGUGUGGAUACAAAUUUUAUCUUCGAGUGUUGAACUCAAUAUCUCACUUGUUCCCUGUUCUCACUCGUGAGAUAUCGAGUUGAACACGGGAGGAAAAAUUCGUAUCCACAAGCGGGCAUGUAAUAUUCUGUUUAUUAUAAAGACACCGACGGCGAGAUGCUGACAUGAUCCUGUUUUCCUUUUCGCUGAGACUGAAGUAGCCAUGACAACCGUCAUAUCUUCACAUGAUUGUGAAGGAUAAAAAUUGUAUCUUUGCAGGAUACCAAAUUUUCGUCAAAUCCUUCAAAUCCUGGUAUUUCAUCGGUGUCUAUAUAAUAAAAAAUAUUAUCAGCUUGCCUUGAUGUGCUAACUAUUAUAUGUACAGUUUAAAAAACGAGCAGGGAUGGCUUUCCCUCAAGUUUUUAAACCUGAUUAUACACUACUGCGAGUUUUUUGAACAGCUUCAAAUUCUCUGAAGAUUUAGAUCAACUCAUUGUUGCACUAAUAUUUAGAUUUGGGGUUAUUUUGGUCUAAAAAAUUAGGUGUAAAGUUUAGUCUUGUCUUUAUCAGAUGAAAGACACUCAUUAAACAUUAAUUUCUUUUGUUUUUUCUUUAUGAAUUAUUAAUAAGUUAUUGAAAUAGUUAUAAUAAUAUUUUCAAUAUGUAUUUUUCUUUUUCUUUAAGAUGGCAGCAAAUGUUGGUCACUGGAUGAAAUCACAUUAGCUUUUUUAUAACAGUAGUACAUGUUAAAUUAUUAUUAAAUUAUUAAAUUAUCAUCAUCAUUAUUAUUAUUUGACUUUUUGUGAAUAGGCUAUUCCAGACACCAAACUAACCAUCAAGAAAUAUGCUGAUGCAAAGUUUGAAUACCUUGUAAGUGUUGCCCGUCCUUUUAGCUCGACAUAUCUUUAUUGAAAUAGUGACCCAUCUUCUAUAAACAGAUGGCGAAAAAAUGGAAGACUCACACAUUUAUUUAGCAGUUAGUUUCCAAAGACAUUGUAGUGCUGCAUUCACCAAGCAAGUAAUAAUUAUAAAUAAAUAUGAGUUCAUGUGACCACCACAGAAAUUUGAAAAUGUUAUAAUAUUGUCUAUCACCAGCUAUAUAGAUAAAAACAAAACAAAAGUGACAUCAUGAAAAUUUCAUUAUUUUCAAGGGACUGCUGUAAGAAAAAACUGCAAGGAACCCAGUGCUCUGUACAUGUGAAAUCCAGGGUGCUCAGCAUAUAAUUUAUGUGAAAGAACGGAGAUUUUCAAGUUUUUCGUGGGAGCAAAAGUUGCAGGCAACAGGGACCACUGGGCUCUGCUAGAGCACAGGCCUGAUUUUUUUAGUGCUGGUGCAGCUAUUCUGCUGAAUUUUAAUUUGAUGAUAUUUCCAUCGUCAUUUUAGUCUUACUGCUUAAAAGUCAAGGAGAUGGAUGAUGAAGAGUAUGCUUAUGCAGUAAGUUCUAAAUUCUAAAUGUAUAAUCCCAGUAUGAGUACUGGCAGUUGAUAGAUCCUAAUGGAAGUAGCUCAUGAGAAUUGCUUGAGGUUUUACACCUACAGUGGAACCCCGCCUUACGACCACCCCGUUUAUAAGACCACCUCGUUAUUACGGCUAUAUUCUUCAAAACCAAACAUAAAAAACAUGCGGUCAUUUUAUUAUUUUGAAGACCCUGUUAAUGCAACCACCUCGUUAUCACGACCAGGAUUUUAUGGCCCAACGGUGGUCGUAUGAACGGGGUUCCACUGUAUUUAAUUUCCAAGAUAAAGCAAAUUUAUUUUUAAACUGACUGAAAAAAACUGUGGAAGAAAACAAUUUCAGUGGGAAAAGAGUUAAUAGAUAUUGUUAUUUUAUUCGUGAACUAAUGUAAGACACAAGGCUAGAAAAACAAUAAUGAAAGGGUGAAUGCAGAUAAGACCUCAAAGACCAUGCUGAGUUGUUCAAAGAAGGUUGAUUCAUCCCAAUCCAGGAUUAGGUACUGUUUAAAAAACGAGUUGGAGUGUAUUAUUAAAUGUAGGUUUGCCAAGAGUUUUUAAACCUCAUAAUACAGGACCACAAGUUUUUGGAACGGCUUCAAAAUCUCUGAUAUAGAUCAACUCAUUCUUUCACUAAUGUUUAUAUUUGGGGUUAUUUUGGUCUAAAAAAUUGGAUGUGUUGUGAGCCGUGUCUCUAUCAGAUAUAAAGACACUCAUUAAACAUUAAUGUAUUUUAUUUUUUCUUUCUGAAUAAAUUAUUAAUUAGGUUUUGAAUUAUUAUUUGUCAUAACUUGUAUGCUCUGUUUGUAGUUAACCAGGAUUAAAGAUUAGAGCUUUAACUGGGCCUGGAACAACUGGGGUCAGAUGUGUAUAUUUUCUAACAUAUCUGGUUUCUUUAAAUUUCUCCAGGCACUGCAUGAAUCACUGUACAGAGUGGAGACUGGAAACUACGAUUAUAGGUAUGAUUUUGCUUUCAUAAGUAUAGCCCCAUGUAAAGGCCAAAAUGGACACAACAUUGUUGGCUAACAACAGUGGCAGAUCCAGGGGAGGGGCCUGGAUGGCCUGCCCCCCCUUAUUUUUAGACAAAACUGAGGCCCGAUGGGCGGAAAAAAUUUUUUUUGGAGUCCCCCCUUAUCCGAAGGUCUGGAUGACUGCCACCCCCUCCUCCUUAUCUCAAGGUUUGGAUCCGGCACUGAACAAUUCCCAAUAUUGUUGGAUGUUACAUGUUGUAUCCAUUUGCACACCCUGCUGCAUGUUGUUGUGUGUUGUUGGGAUUUGUUACGCAAAGUUUGAAACCAGUCAAACUUUUGAGCCUACAACUCCCUACAUUUGUUUUGUUCUGUGAUUGCCAAAGCAUAAGCAACAAUGUUGAAUUCGUUUGCACAGCUCUUCCAACAUUGUUUGGGCCACACACGUGCAUUACACAUGGCUUACAAAGUCUUAUUGUAUCCUUUCCAUGAUGUAUUCGUAUCCUUUCCAUGAUGUAUUCCAUGAUGUAUUCGGUUCGAACAUUGUUGGGAGUUGUUGCAUCCGCUUCCCCACCACUACCAACAAGGAUGCAACUGCUCCUAACAUUGUUGGAAAAGUUCAUGAGUGAUUUUUUGACUCAAGGACAACAGCUCUCCUUGUAACUAAGGAAACAAAAAUUGAACUUAUACUUUGGUAUUGUUUGUUAUUGUUUGCAAUAUUUAUCACAUAAAAUACCCAACUUUGCAUCAGUUGCAAUGCUCCAAAAAAGGAAAAAAACGCAUAAGGUAAGAACAUGACAGAGCUUGUCAACCAUGAGUCAAAUGUGUGCAAAGUAUCUACAAGCCACAAGAUAAGCAGUGCUUAAGCACAUUCAUCUUGGUAGAGCCUUACUGGUGAUCAAACUGAAAAACUUUGUUUUUACUGAGACUUCACGUUUUGACCAGUUAGAGGUAAUAUCAACUGUCACAUGUUCACUGAAAUGAUUUACAUAGCUAUUAUGUUUUCAUUCUUGAUAUUAUGUUUUAACUACUCACUACUUUCAUUUGUUUUGCUAGAGUUGUGUUGCGUUGUCGUCAGUUAGCAAGAGAGAGAUUUGCAAAGCUAAGGUCAGAUGUCUUGGUUAAGCUUGAGCUUCUUGAUCAAAAACAUGGUACGUUUCUAAAUUGGUUAACUUUACUUGUAACAAAAGGUGUGACGUGACACUGUGGUGGAUAAUUACAUACAUACUGUACAUACUUUAUUAACGUGACUAACACUUAGCUAUAAAGCUAGUUUACAGGUCAGUCAAAUUAAUUAUUACAGUACCUUAAUAAUUUAUACCAAGCAACUGACUAGUCAGCGGUCCAUUUUUACUUUACAUCUUUCUUGUUAAAGCACCAUACUCUGUAAUGGUUUAACUCGUGAAUUACUGAACAACUUAAGAGUUAAAGUGACGAGCAGGAACUUGUCUGUCAAUAUUCCAGGGGAUCACCAGGGAGGUUUUAGGUGGGCGUGUGCUACCAAGCACCCAAAUUUGGACCCAUUCUCCAUUAGAGAUGAGGAGGGUACUGGAUCGAGUUAACUUUUGCAAAGACGUUUGGGAUUGUUACUAGGGACAGGGUAAAAAAUAAUUUAAUAGCUAACUGGCGCGUAACAGCGUAACGACACCAGAAACAUUUGUAGGAAGGCAUUUUAGCUCCCACCAGUUCCCUUGUUGUUCCUAAAACGAAGAAUGGAGGCUGAAGCUUUUUAUGUUCACCCCGUCCCUUCUUCUUUUCUUUCCUCUGUAAACUAAUGCUGUCCAUUAUGAGUAAUUUACGAGUUGCCUCACAGGAACCCUUGAUUUUUGUUUUAAUUUCCACAGUACAAGACAUCGUUUUUCAACUGCAGCGAUUUGUGGCAGCUGUUACAGAGUACCACGAGAAUUCCUAUUCAGUACUUAAGGAAGCCAAUGUCUUCCCUAUUGAGGUCGAUUUAACAAGAGGAGCUCUUGGAAAUACUUUAAAAUAAUUUAAGAUGUUAUGUCAAGACAAACUAUGGCAAUUAAGUCUAUACAACACUUUAGUGUCUCCAGGGCUUAUAGUUCAUUGGUUUGCCAAUGGCAUCUAUGAAUGGUUAACUCUGGUAACUGUGACAUGUGCAUGGGGUCUUCAGCAGGUCCCGGUUUUUCAAACAUUUGGGAUAGCGCUAUCCACGGGAUAAAUCACUAUCCAAUGGCCAAGCGUUAGCCGAAACCAAUUGCACUAUCCAUUGGAUAAAGACUUAUCCAGUGGAUAGCGUGAUCCAGAUUUUAAACAACUGGGCCCUACUUUUCUGGGGCUGGUUACAUAUAACUGAACCACUCGCAUCUGGCAUUAAAUAGGCUAGUGUGAGGUGAUAACAGUUAUGGCUGACAUAAGCAACUGGCUCCUGAAUUACAGCUCCUAUGGCCUAGGCUGGGUAGCAAGCGUUUCCGUGCUAGCGCGUUGUGAAAGUUGGAAAGAGAGCCAAAAAGGAAAGAAAAAAAAUGUUUUUUUUUUUCAGUUUUGGCAAAGAACUCAAACGGAAAUGAUUGCUAUGCCUAUGCCUAUGCCAAGACUGGCCUUGGUCAUGGAUUAUCGCUCCCUUGAAUGAGCGAGCUGACAAAGUUCGCGAGGAAUCAACUAAUUUCAUUUAAAUGUAAAGAAUACAUGGCAACCACAACACUAAGUGGUUUUACAAAAAUAGUAAUUUAUUGGCGCUUUGAAGGAGGCUUAGUGGCUUAACCCUUAGGUUAAUUAAUCGACUACAGUACGUAUUUCAAGGACGUAAUCCAAUACUACUAUUGACAAUUUAGCCUGGUGUCCGCUUAAUAGAGGUUUUUAACAAUAGAAAUUAGCCACAUACAAUUUAUUUUGGUUCCCGCGUCCGCUUAAUACUACCCUGGGUGCCAGAGACUUUUCUAGUGCGGUUUCCGGUUUCUGUCAAGUCUUUACAGUGACCCGCGCGAAAAGGUUUUCUCGCGGCUACGCCGCUCGUGGUUUCGGCCUACAGCCGAAGAUGUGUCGGCCUACGGCCAACACCGAAAAUUCCCGCCGCAAGCCAGAAAAAUCUCAUGGUACCCAGGGUAGCUUAAUAGAGGUGUCCGCUGAAUAGGGGUUCGUUAUACAGGGAAAUAUAAGACGUUAAUUUCGGGACCCAGCUUAGUGUCCACUUAAUAGACGUUUCACUGUACUUAUAGCCUGCGUCGCCGAUGUAAUUUAACCUCGGUUAGUAACGUCUGCCAGCAGCGGUGAUAUUCUUGUUCUGGGCCCCAACGAACUGAAACGAAUUACCGGAAGUGCGUUUUAAAUUUCGUUUAUCUUGAUUGGCCAAUCGACAAUGGCAUUCUUAACAGGCCAAUCAUGGCACGCACUCAAAUCCUGGUACACAGGUGGGGGCCCAGAACAAGGAUUUGGGCAGCCUCGUACCCAGGCCAGUUCGCGCUAUCCGAGUUACAUGAGGAGGCUUGGAACCAAGCGCUAUAGCGCGAGGCGUCCUGGGCGAAUUUUCUCGACAAGCUUGACAGGUGAACAGGUGAAAUCACAUCCCAAAUCGCCGAGGACGACCUGGAACGAGGCUGGGAUUUGGGCGCCGUUUCGCAGACGGACUUAACCGGAGUUUAGUUUCGUCUGCGGCGUAGGCUGUAUACUUACUAAUAGCUGCGAAAAUUAAAUUGCACGAAAUUUACUUUGCUAUUAUAUACCGAUAGAUAUAUUUUGUUUUUACAGUCGUCAAACUCUAUCUGUCGGUUCGUCCUUGUAUAUAGCUCUCGCCUUGGCGGGUUUCAAAAAAUGAGUAAAUAGCGAAAUUCUAAUGGUUUGGCUAUUUUGUCCUUCCCAAAUUGCGAAAUACUCACAAAAUACAGUAUGCGCGAAAAUUAGAAAGAAUGAGUAGUGCUUUAGCGUGACCGGUUAGUGUUUAAUGCACGCUUUAAAGAUCUCACUCAUUUUGAAUCUUUAAAAUAUCAUGUUGAAACAAUCAAAAUAAUCUAAGUCAGGAAAGAAAUAUUUAUUCGUAGCUUGGGUAACGUUGAAUGAGUAUUGUAACAGUACUAUUGCGUAUAGCAUGUAGUAUUUAAACACUCAUUAAAUUAAGUAACAUGAAA